GUGAACCCUUUUCUUCCUCUAUUUAUUUAUUUUUAGUUUUUCGUUUGUUCUUCUUCUCUCUGCCUAUCUCGCUCUGUGACGCAGGGCAGGGGACGCAUUUCAAGGCCUCUAAAUUGCAUUGGCAUUUUUUUCCAUUUCGACGUGAUCAAUCUUUUCUCGUAGCUUUUCAGAAGCGGCCACCGCCACCUUGUUACUUGCUCUUCUUCUUCUUCUUGCAUUAUUGACGAGAAUAGACUCAAGCACUUUUCCCAAUUCCCAAUUUCUUUGCUUGCUUGACUGGUUGAUACUUUUGUUCAUCUUCCAUUGUUUGGGUUCGAAUCAAGUUCGGCUUUGGCGCAGCUUUCAGAGGAUUCAUAUUCAAUUCUGUUUUUGAGGCCAGUCCAUAAGCAUGAAACCUAAUGACUCUGGUGAGGGGGCUAUGGCUCAUGAGUUCAAUGGUUCUGAACCUAGACGAAGUAGAUCAUUUAGUUUGCCAGGCAGUGCAGAAUCCUCUUUGAGAAGGCGUUCUUUGAGUUUAUCAGGUGCUGUUGCUCCUCGAGCUGAUGAAGAUGUUGAAAAUGAGUCUGUUUCGCAGGCAGGAGAUAUUGGGGAUCGAGCACUAAACAGCAAUAGAUACAGCGAUGGCAGUGUCUGCUUCUUGGCUGAUAAUGUGAUCAAUAAUGGAGUAGUUGCUCCCAUUCCAGAGGAUGCUCUGUUGCAGUCAUAUUGGUUUUCCUCUCAUGAUCCUGCCUUUUCAAAUGAGAUCUCUCCUGUAUCACCUUUGCCCUCAGAAAUUGUAGCCUCCCUUUCCACUAAUGCAGUUCUGCACUCUGGAGACAAAAGUUUAGGAACUAAGAAAGGAUUGCCAUGGUCACUGGAAUAUGUUUCAUGCCUUCUUCAUCUAGCUGUGUUUGGGAUUCUUGGGGUUUUGACAAGGUACGCACUUCAAAAACUGUUCGGACCUGGACUGGCUGCUGUGACAAGUGACCAAAGCAUUUUAUACCUUGAUCUUCCUUCUAAUAUGGUUGGUUCUUUCUUGAUGGGUUGGUUUGGUGUCGUCUUCAAGGCAGAUAUAACCAGUGUGUCGGAUCUCUUAACCAUUGGACUAACGACUGGUUACUUGGGAAGCCUUACAACUUUCAGUGGCUGGAAUCAAAAGAUGCUUGACCUUAGCGUGCAUGGCCACUGGGUGUUCUCCGCACUUGGCUUUCUCUUGGGUUUGUUUCUUGCUGCAUAUUCCUUAAUUUUUGGGGUUGAGACAGCAAAGGGUUUCAGAUGGCUUCUCAGAAGGUUAAACUUAAGCUCAAGAAGCAUCAUCUCGAGUUCUGGAAGAAACUGGAGGGUAGACAGCUGUGAGCGCCACUUGGCAGUUAUGUUGGUGAUGGUACUGAUGUUAGGCUUGUUAUGGGGUUUGAGUGGGGUUUUGGAGGUGAAAGAAUUCAAUAGUGGUGGUCAUGGGGCUCAACUGUGGUUGGCUUGCUUUGUUGGACCUAUAGGUGUUUGGAUCAGGUGGUUCUUAGCUCGAUUGAAUGGACGCGGAUUAGGAAGAGCGGGCUUACUGAAAUGGAUUCCUUUUGGCACACUAAUUGCCAACGUUUCUGCUGCUUGUGUCAUGGCAGCACUUGCAAUUCUGAAGAAAGUGGUGACCACCCAAACUUGUGAUACCAUUGCAACAGGCAUACAGUUUGGUUUGUUGGGUUGUCUGAGUACUGUUUCUACCUUCAUUGCUGAGUUUGAUGCGAUGCGACAAAGCAAACACCCUUGGAGAGCAUAUGCAUAUGCCAUGAUUACCAUAGUCACCUCUUUUGGCCUUGGGACUUUGAUAUACUCUGUACCUGUCUGGACAAAGGGAUAUGAUUAGCUAGCAUGUCCAGGGCAGACUCGGACUCCAUCCGUCGAUCAGAGUUGAUGGCAAUUCGAUAUGCAGUGUUUAUUCUGUGCAUUCAUUCGAGCAUAUCAUACACCACUUGGGCAUUUGAUGGGCCUUGCAGUUGAUUAACUGGGAUAAAAAUAAAUAGCCUGUAUCCAUUUUUUCUGAUUUUUUUAUUAACUGGGAUAAAAAUAAAUAGCAUGUAUCUAUUUUUUCUGAUUUUUGUAUUAACUUGGAUAAAAAUAUAUAGCAUGUAUCUAUUUUUUGCUGGUUUUUGUAUUAACUAGGAUAGAAAUAUUGAGCAUGUACCUAUUUUUCUUUCCAUUGUAUUGGAACCAGACUAAUAAAGCACUAUUCCAAUUUUGUUAGCUAA